AUGCGCCGCGCAGCCGCAAACUCGGUUUGCUUACGCUGUGUUCACACAAUUAGAAGCCGCCCGUUGCUGCAGCCUUCAGUGAUACCAUCGGUGCAACCAUGUCUAGACCAGCGCUUCUUCUCGCAGCGAACCAAGGACAGGCCCUCGCGCAUGGUCCUUGCCGAUCAAGUUCACCGAACACCACGUCUGUCUCGAGAUGACCGCAAACCACACCGAGAGAGGAUUGCGGGCCCCUUUGCUGGGAUGAACCGGACGGUUGCCAACUUUGACCCAAACCGUGCGUCGACAAGAGCUCGUUCGGGCGAUCGCAAAUCGUCUCAAGAGGAUGGCAGAAGGCGGCCGCAGGAUGAUAGAAAGGCGCUCAAGAUGCAGCGCGCCUUGGCGUCGGUGUCGUACAACAAGCGCACGUCGUUAAAGGAGCGGAUGCAGAGCUACGAGUCGUUUGAUCAGUUUGACCUUCUCCCGGCGCUAAAGACGGCCGCCGUCGACGAGGUAUUCGCAGGAAUGGUUGACAUCCGCCCGACACCGGUGCAGCGGCUAGCGAUUCCCGCCCUGCUGGGACAAAAAGAGCCGGGAGAGAAGAGGGUUCAGCAUGAGGGGCAGUCUUCAUUCUUGUUGGCGGCGGAGACGGGAUCAGGCAAAACCCUUGCCUAUCUAUUACCUGCCAUUGAUGCGUUGAAGGCGGCCGAGGCACAGGAUACAGAGAUUCAAGCCUACAAAGAGCGAGCAGAAGUGGAGAAGCAGCGUCAAAAGGCUUCAGAUUUCAAAGGAAAGCCUUUCGAGGAACCUCAUCCCACCAUGGCCAGGCCCAAGGUGGUUGUCCUGGUUCCUACGGCCGAACUAGCUCACCAGGUUGGGCUCGUCGCCAAGAAGCUGUCACAUGUGGUCAAAUUCAAGACAGAGAUACUGUCAUCCAACCUGAAGCCUCAGCAAAUCCAACGAAACUUGUACGGACCAAAAGGCGUCGAUGUCGUCAUCUCAACACCUCACCUGCUGGCCUCGAUUGCAGAUUCUGACCCCAAUAUCCUCUCCCGAGUGUCACAUUUGAUCAUUGACGAAGCUGAUUCGCUAUUCGACCGAAGUUUCUCUUCUGUCACCUCUAGCAUCGUCGAGCGCUCGUCGCCCUCUAUGAAGCAGCUCAUCUGUUGCUCAGCAACAAUUCCGAGGAAAUUGAACAACUAUCUGGCUACCAACUAUCCCAAGAUGAUCAGAAUCACUACACCAAACCUCCAUGCCAUCCCCCGACGUGUUCAACUUGGUGUCAUUGAUGUCUCCAAGGAUCCUUAUCGUAACAACAAGGACCUUGCAUGCGCCGACGUCAUCUAUACAAUCGGAAGAGAGGCUUCGCAGCACGAAAAUAUGAUCAAGGACGAAAUUGACGUCCGUAGAGUCAUGGUCUUUGUCAACGAGCGAGAAAAGACGGAGCAGGUUGCGGAGUAUCUUCGCUCAAAGGGUAUUGAUGCUCAGGCGCUGCACAGAGACACUCCUGAAAAGCGUCACGGUGAAAUUCUAGAGACUUUCACGACGCCUGAGCCACUACGAAUCAUUGCGUCCCCGAACCCAUCCCGCCACCGCUCCUUGACAAACGUCAAGGUUCUGGUCGUGACUGACUUGGCAUCCAGAGGCAUUGAUACUCUUGCUGUUCGACACGUUAUUCUGUACGAUGUGCCUCAUACCACCAUUGACUUUAUCCACCGCCUAGGCCGUGCCGGGAGAAUGGGGCGACGAGGACGAGGUAUUGUCCUUGUGGGCAAUGAUGAUAGAAGAGAUGUCGUUGCCGAUGUGAAGAAGAGCAUGUUCAUGGGCCAGGCGCUCAUUUAG